AUUCGGCACUUUUACCCCAAAUUUUCAUAGUCGCAGCAUCUUUUCAGAAAAUUUAAUCGCCGUGGAAUUGCGAAAACCCGAAGUGAAAUUCAACAAGCCAAUCUACGUGGGUAUGUGCAUCCUCGACAUAUCCAAGAUCUGCUUGUAUGAAUUUCACCAUGAAUACAUGCUGCCCCUGUACAGUGACAAGUGUAGAAUCAUGUAUACUGAUACCGACAGUCUUAUAUACCACGGCAAGUGCGAGGAUGUAUAUGAGACUGUGAAACGCGAUAUACACAGAUUCGACACGAGCGAUUAUCCGGUUGACAACGCGUAUGGCAUACCGCGUGUAAACAAGAAAGUGCCCGGUCUAAUGAAGGACGAAAACAAUGGCGCGAUCAUGAUGGAAUUCGUGGAACUCAGAGUGAAAAUGUAUGCGUUGUGAGUCGAUGGUAAGAAGGAUACGAAGAAGGCGAAAGGUGUCAAAAGUAAUGUAGUAGCGCGAACAAUAUCUUUUGAUGAUUACACACAUUGUUUGCGAGACGAGAUCGAGAUGACGCGUCAGCAGUCGUGUAUUCGAACUAAACUGCAUCAAGUGUACACUAUAUCCGAGACGAAAAUCGCUCUGAGUCCAUACGACGACAAACGAUACGUCAUGCCUGACUCGACCAACACGUUACCAUGGGGACAUUACCAGAUACCUUUAUAAUAUAUUCACAGUAUUAUUGUACAUUAUAGAAUAGUAAUUAUUACAAGUAUAUGUU